CUGGACUUAUAUCAACAAUUGUUUUAUGUAAGCCUUUUAUUACUUUCUUUUUAUGUUACAAAAAUCUUUUUUUUUCGGUACUGAUUUAGUUAUUGAAGGAUUUGUCUUAAGUAUACUUGUUCAUCAUAUUAAACUUUAAUUGAUAUCAAUAAAUUCUAUAUAAAUGGAUCCAAGACACUGGAAUUGUUCACAAGUAAUCCAAUGGUUGUCUUCUUUUAAUAGAAACCAACAUGUUCUCGAUGUUUUUUGCAGUGAGUAAUAUUUUUAUGUCAUCAAAAAAUUGUUAUUUGUGUCAGUUGUGCAUUGACAGCAAAUCUUAUCGUACAUUCCGAAAAUUAUUUCAGCAUGUACAAUAUGCUCAUAAUGGAGAACAUAACUUUAGAAUUCGAUGUGAGUUAGGACCGUUAUGUGGAACAAGUUACUCCACAUUUGCAGCUUAUAAAAGUCAUAUUUAUAGAGAACAUGUAGAUCUUCUUAAUGAUAGCUCAUGUAAAGAAGAAAUGCAACUUGACAAGAAUGCUGAUAAUGGUGAAACAUUAGCUUCAACAUACUGUGAAAAUCAGUUGGAUUUUGAUAUUGACAUGAAUGAUAUGGAAGAUGAACAAGAUAAUAUAGUAGAAGAAACAUCUAUUGAAGAUGUGAUAUGUUGGCCAACGCUUAAAGAGAAAAUACCUUCAUUAUCAGGAAAUAAGAAAGAUUUAGAUUCUUUCGAAAAUAUUAUUUUACAAGGUGUUGUUGAUGUAAGUCCAUUUUCAAAAUUGAUCGGUUUCCAUGCUACAACAUCACUGCCGAAUGAUCUUAUGCACGAUUUCAAUGAGGGCCUUUGUAGUCAAAUAUUAUUAGCGAUGAUAAAGGAAGCAUCAACCAAACGUAUUCUUUCUUAUGGGGAUGUUGAAGAUAGAUUGAUGUCAUUUGAGUAUGGUCUUAAUGAUAAGUCAAACAAACCACCGAUUUUACGAAAGAAACAUUUAAACAAAGGAAAGAUUGUAGAUACCAAAGAAAUUUACAUCUGUUUACGUGAAAUUAUUAGUCAUUUAUAUGCUUCUCCUUUUCGAAAAUCUUGGUUGCCAUAUUUACAUUCUUUAACUGUUCGUUUUCAAAGUUUAAUGGUUCAUUUACUUCCUAAUCUUGUAAUAUCUAAAGUACAUUUGAUCACACAUUAUGCAAAACAAGUCGAAAUGUACGGUCCACCUAUUCGACAUUGGUGUAUGCGUUUUGAAUCCAAACAUCAAAUCUUCAAACAACUUGCUGUUAAGUCCAACAACUUCAAAAAUAUCUUGUAUACACUAUCAAAACGUCAUCAACUUCGACAAUGCCUAUUGUUAUCAUUAUCGAAUUAUUACAAAAUGAUUAAUGAAGGUUAUUCGUCAACAGAAAGAAAUUUAUAUGCAUUACCAGCUGAUGUUCGAGAAGAUAUAGAUGGUGAAACACUUUUCAAUUUACCAGAAUCAAUAAUGUACGAAAUAAUAAAACCAAUUAAAGAACGUAUACGUUUUCUGGCAGAACAUCGUGCUCUUUUUCAUAACAAGUUUCAGGAUACUUCUGAUCAAAUAACAUCGAAGAAAUAUACUGACAAUCUACCUGUUAUUAGUUCUCAACAAGUGAUUGAACAACCUGAUGCAAAUCAAUUCACGUCAAUGUCAACGAUUACAUUUUCCAAUAAUGAUCGAAAUAAUUCUUCUACAUUUGAUUCUUCAACUGAUUCUGAAGUUGUGAAUAAAGAAACAAUGAUUUCAUUACAACAAGACAAUGACAAAGAAAAUUAUGAAGAUGAAGAACAACCACAUUUUCCAAUUAGAUAUCAUAUAUUUGAUUUACCACCAAAAAUUCAACAAAUUAUUGACAAAGGCGAUAUAAAUGGUUUUCGUGGUCAUACAAACGCUCGUCGAUUAUUACUUGAUGCUAUUUUCAUGGAUGUUACAACAAAAUAUUCUCUGUUCUAUCCUGAUACACAUGAGUACAGAUCAAUGGGUAUAGCAAUACUAGAAAAAUUAAAUAUUAAGAAUGAUAAUGAAGCAUUGAACGAUUGGAUUGAGAGCCUUAAGAAUAAAUUUAAACGUGAACGUCGUCCACUGCAACAAAUAUCCGAAGAAGUUCUGAAGAUGAAACUGAAAUUUGGUAAUCGAGGUGGUCGUCCGGUCAAACAAACUGAUAAUGUAAUCGCUGCUCGUCGUGAAGCUCAUGUUGAGUUUUGGAAUAAAGUAGAUGUUAAUGAUGAUCCUCAAGAAAUCGAUGAACAUAUUCAAUUUAUGAAGAACGAAUUAGCAAAAGAAAGCUUCAAUUUGGAUAGUGUCAGAAACUCGUGGAAGAAAACAUUGGUCGACAGAAGAUUGUACGUUCAAAAUCACACGACUAAAGAAGUUCUUCAAGAAUAUCCUGGUUAUAAUCUUCCAACCGUACGUUUGAUUAAAGUUUUGUCCAAAUACUUUACUGAUUCGUGGCAAUAUGUCUUGACUUACAAGGAACCAUUAUCUCCUCGUCCAACAAUACAAGUGACAACAGAUAAGUUCUUGAUAUAUUUGGAUUAUAAUGUUAUUACUGAAACAGCAUCAAUCGAUCAAGCUUUAUGUAUUAUUAUCUCGUUAUAUGUUAUAUUUGAAUUGCAAUUUGGUACUCACAAUCGAAUUAUACAUUUAUUAUAUGGAAUAUUGUUACAAGAUCCAGCAACAUUAACAAAACAAUUACGAUUUACGUUAAAACAAUGGAACUUCGAAAUUGAUAAAAAGGAACGUAAACAAAAAACUCAACUGGUAAACCAUACAUCUACCAAUAAUAACACACCUGCACCUUCGAUCAACAAUUUACAACACCGCGGAGAAAAUGAACCUGAUUAUUUAUCUGAUGAAGAACCACCAGAAGAUUUUAUUGAAAGAACAUACAAAUUAGAUCCAUUAAUUGAAGUAAAAAAACAAUUGUCCAAAUAUGCAGUCGGCAAUGAUGUUGAAAAUCCGACGAUGACAACAACGAUUGAUGCUAAUGUAGAUCAUACAAGCAAUAAUUCAAAAAAAACAUCACAAUCAUUCUCAUCAUCUACUGCAACAACUGAUUCUCAAUCACUGAUACAUUCUUCUUCAUUAAAACAAAGACAUGUUGAAACAUCAAUUUCAGUCCUUUCAGACGAAAACAGGUUAUAUUCAGUCAAAAUGGAACAUGCAAUGAUAAAAAGCCAAAAAGAACUGCCACCAACGAAACCACCAAUUCAUAUUGCUUCAUCAAAAAAAACGCCGACCUAA